AUGGCAACAUCACAAAAAAGACAUCCAGAGCUAUUUAGACCCGUCAACAGCAAGUCCCCAAGGGGGAUGAAGCGAACAGUUCCUCUGGAAUGCCUGUGUCUGGGGUUUAACCGGACGGGAACGGCAUCCAUGUACAAUGUACUUGAGAUACUGGGCCUACCAUGCUGGCACUCCACCCAGUUCAUGUCGACGCGAUUUGGUGACCUCGAGAUGUGGCAGCAGGCGGUGGAUCGAAAGUUUUCUGGGGCAGGACCCAAAUUCGGGCGCCAGGAGUUUGACCAGCUGCUGCAUGGCUUCGGGGCCGUCUCGUCCGACACCCCGGCGAUUGCGUUUGCUGAUGACCUGAUCGAAGCGUAUCUGGAGGCCAAGGUCGUGCUCUUGGAGAGGGAUAUCGACUCGUGGUACGAAAGCUGGAUGAAAAGCGUGAUUAAAAAUACUUAUGACCCGUUCGUCACGGUCAUCUAUCACAUCGAUCGCUUCUUCACUCAUCCGAUUGGGAGAAUCCACAAAACAACCUUGCAGGGUUGGUUGGGAAUAUCUAAUCCCGAGGAUGCCCGUCGCAAGAGUAAAGCCAAGUACAGACAACAUUACGAGCGCGUCCGGAGCAUAACCCCCAAAGACAGGUUGCUAGAGUACAAACUGUCGGAUGGAUGGGAGCCUCUGUGUGAGUUUCUAGGGAAACCAAAAUGGCUCGAUGAAAAAGUCCUGCUCGUGCUUAACCAGAGAAUGAAACGUUUGGCGUGGAAGGCUUUUCUUUACUUCCUGGGUCCGCUGACUUUAGCUGGGUUGGUCUACUCUGCAAUGUGA